ACAUUGUACGUUUAGGCGUCUCUUGUUGUCUUGGUUAUUAUGGCUCGAAUUUCAAACGAGAUACGGUGACAUCCUUAGAGAUAGACUACCAUGUUGGCCACUAGGUAUUGUCUAGUGCAUGUCAUGACAAUGGAUAACAGAAGCAGAGCAGAUGAUGUAAAAAAUGCACUUCAGCGGGCCAAACAUAAAAUAUCAAGCUUGGAACAUGAACUUUCUGUGAAGGAGAGCUGCUCAGAGAGUGAAGAGGAGCAUCAUUCUUUGACAUGGUCCCACAAGACAGAACUCAAAGACUCUCUUGUUGACAUGUACCGAGCUAAUCCUAAAGUCAAUGAGGAGCUGAAACAAAGGCUACCCUCCCCAAUAAGGACCCUCUGUGUGGAGACCACAUCACAACUUGGCCUCCCUAAGUCCCUCUCCAUAUCAGAACCAUCUCAGAGUGCAUCAGAGGUGUUCGAUAAGGAUCUACCACGGGUACCUCCUCCACCACCCAAACCUCCAAAGACCUCAGGCAGAGGAUCCUCUCCCCUCCCCAGGGACAGGUCCCCAGACGCGGGCAGACCUAUGGACCAGGACAGGCCCAGUAUCCCCAGGAUUCGGACUCCAGAGGUCCAGGGUAGUACACCUGGCACAGAGGGCCACAGUGAGAGCCCUCUCCACAGACACCCUCUCUGUGUGCCUGAGGUGCCCAGUGCACCACCUCCCCGCAGGUGCUCCCCGGAGGUCCUGGAGAGCGUGAAGGUUGUCAGCUCCGGUGACUCUGCGCGGCUCGUCCCAGCCCUGGACAAAGAGAAGAACAUUGCCUUCCUGCUCAAAGAGCUGGAUUCUCUGCGAGACCUCAAUAAAAAGCUUCAGGACAAACUAGCGCUGCGGGAGAAGGAGCUUGAGACCAAGCUGCUGGACACUCAACUGCAGGAGAGCCAGAUGGAGGCACUGGCCUGCGAUCGAGCUGGAGCUCUGGUGGAGGAGAUCUAUAAGGCCCAGAGGGAGCGUGACCAGGCUGUGAUGGCCCGUCUCCGACUGGCCAACGAGGAGCGCGACGAGGCUCUUCUCCGCGCCAAGAAGCUCCAGCAGGCCGCCAUCGAGCUGGAGAGUAUUAACCCAGAAGAAAAUGAUAUGGACCUAGAAGAGCUGCUGAAUCGGGUGAACAGUGCAGACUCAGCCCUCAGCAUCGAGCGCAGCGGAGUGGCCAUCUUGGAGCGUUUGCAGAAGGCCAAGGAGCGCAGGGCAAAGAUCACAGCGGAGGAGAUGAGGACGGUGAUGGAGGAGAGAGACAGUGCUCUAACCAGGUGCAAGCGACUGGAACAGGAUCUUCUCCACGCACAAGAGCAGGGCCAGACCUCAGCAAACAACGCCCGACACCUGCCCGCGGAAAACAAUCAGGACCGCGUCCGCAAGGAAGAGUUAGAUGCAGUUCAGAGAGACCGAGAUAAAGCCCUGGAACUUUGCCAGAAGAUGGAGGAGGAACUGCAGACACUCCGGCUGUUCCAUGGUCAGCAUCUGAUGCAGACUGAGGAGACUGCAGUGAAGGAACAAGGCGCUCCCACACCACCUUCGUCUUUGACCUCCGAGACCAAGGGGAACCAGAACCAGGCCCUCCUGGCCCGUAUGCAGCUACUGGCCAGUGAGCACCAGAACCUCCAGGCCCAGCUCCGCCACUCCCAGGACGCAGAGCGGGAGGCCAGUGAAAAGGUCCAGAAGUUGGAGCGGCUGGUGGAGGUGUUAAGAAAGAAGGUGGGCACAGGGAGCGUGAGGACGGUGAUCUGACUCGCGGAGGCUCCACGCAAAAAGGGCUGACCUGCCGACUGACCGGCCGGGCGACCACAUCUGGUGACCAGGCAGUGGCGUUUAGCGCUGAGUAAACACAGCCACAGCCUUGACUGGGCAAACAGUUGUUAGAAGUGGAGCACUCACACACAAAAAAGCCUCAUUCCAAGCCUCGCUCCCAAAAGAGAGAAGGAAAGCGGGAGAGAAAGGGGGAGAGAGAAAGAGAAAAAAAAGUAGAAUUGUAAAUGUUUAACCACUUGGUUGUUACUGCCAUGGGUUACAGCUAUCUCCCUUCCAUUCCACUUUCUGCUGAAAAUCUUUUCUUUUUUUCUUAUUGGAGUAUUGAUUUUUUUAGCAUCACUGUUUGUGUUGAUGUGGAAGUCUGGUCAGGAUAAGGGAAACAGGCUUCUCUCAAACACUGUGUGAUUAUAAGGUUCAGACACUACAAACUAUAAGGUGCUAAGAGCAGGAUUCUUAUAAGGAAAACUGGAGUUCAGUAUUAUAACGGUAUUGUUUUGUUUGUGUGUUCUAUGUACUUCAGAAAAGGGACAUUUGUAAGGAAACUAAAUCUAUCAGUGUUUUAAAGCAUUUAUUGUAAUCCUAUAGAUAGGGUGACUUGGUCAGUAUAUUUUAUGUCUCGCUUUAUUUUUAAAAACAUUACCCACCAUCAACAGUAUGUCAGUGAGAAAAUAUGUAUUAUUAGGGUAUAAAAUAAAUUCAUGGAAAUAUUA